AUGGAUCUGGAUGCUCCCACGAAUUACCCGGGAGCCUUGAUCUUCUGGGCAUAUAUCGUGGCCGCUUUAGGCUUUACUGGAAUCGUCUUGAACACAAUCAGGCAAUCCCAUCAACAGAAUAAUGGCAGAUCGAAGAUACCUCUGGCCUUGAUCAUUUUGGCCGGGUCUAGUUUUUCUACACUAUCCUACCACAUGCUCAAUGUUUUGAUUCUUUCCUACAAACAAUGGUCAACGAAUCACAGCAUCCCUCUAGGAGCCCUGAUAGGUUCGAACAGAACGCCUCUGCACUUGUGGCAAUGGUCAACAACCUCUUCGCUCUUCCAGGACUUCGGUGAAGCUAUCGUAGCCACCAAACCUCGAUAUCUUCUGUCUUCAUCUGGCUUGUGGUCUACCGUUGCGGUGGCGAUCUACAUGGGCAUUGAAGGCCGAAGACGCAACGUCCCUAAUCUCUGGGCCUUCUUUGGACUCCUCGAGAUCCUGCCUACUUCUUUUGCCCAGUCGCUGUUCUACAUCAUGCUUUGCACAAAACCUCAGUCCGCAAACUCGAACCAAAAGCUACUGUCCUACUGGCCAGCCUGGUUCUCUAUCCCACUCUUAUAUCUCUACUCCCUCAACUCAGCGCUCGAGUAUGCCGGAGAGGGAGAAAAGCUCAUCUAUACUAUUCUCGCUGCCCGCAUUUUGCUCAUACUUCCACUCAUUCUACCUUUGAGUAGUGUGAGCACUCAACCCUCAGGCUCAACGCCUCAGAUGUUCCAGCAUGCGUCUACACUACGCCUGUUCACUUUCACGUUGGCGACCCAAUUCUUGACCCAGAAAAGCAUCGGGGGUUUGGGGUCGUGGGAAGAAAUGCCUGUGGUUCUCUUGGAAGCUCUGAACAGUCAUCCAGCGGUCCAAGCAUUAAGCUAUGACUUGAUGCAUAGUGUCGUUGCUUUUGGAUAUUGGAUGUUGAGGGGCGAAAAGGCCGAGAUGGUGGCAGACAAACAGGCACAAGAGUUGCCUGUGAAAGACCAAUCUUCAUCUUCACAAAAGCGGUCAAGAGGGAAGGCACGAUGA